AUGGAAGAAAAUAUUUAUCAAAUGAGUCUUUCAGAAAUUUUUCUAGUUUUAAUUAUAAUUGCUUUAUGGUUAUUUGCUGUUAUAAAUUUAGCACGAAAAUUAGAACGUAUAUGUAAUCCACCAUCAAUACUUCCUAAUUAUUCUAAACAAAAUAAAAUAGAUUUAAAUACACCGAUACGUCGUGGACAUUAUUCACCUAAUACAAUACAAUCAAAACAAUUAUCAUCUAUUCAUCUAAUUCGUUCUACAUCAGAACCAACUAUUAUUGUAUCACCUUGUACGACAAUUCAUAUACGUUAUCCAAGUGAAACUUGUUUAAAUAGAAAAUCAUCGAAAUCGGAACAAAUUUUAUCAUCAAAUAGAAUUGAAUUAGAACGAAGUAAUAAUUCAUUAAAUUUUUUACGUCAUAAAGAUUAUCGAAUACAUAUUGAAACAAAAUCUAAACAAUCAAUAUCAACACAACAAUAUUUAAAUCCUAAACGAAUUCCAUCAAUUGUUAGACGAAGUCUUUUAGAUUUACAUCGACGUACUUUAUAUUCGAAUACAUUAUCAAAUAUUCCUAUGAACCAUUGUAUUGUUAAUGUAACAGAAAAUCACAAAGGAUUAAUAACGACUAAUACUUCAUUAAUCAACGAAAAAUAUCAACAUGAAAAUAAUCGUUAUAAAAAUAUUCAAUCAAACAAUUAA